UUGUUACGGCCAGCUUCCGGUCUGCCGCAGGGGGCUCCGCUCGCUGCCUGCCUGGUCGCGAACGUAGUAGACUAGUAGGGUCGAGGCUGGCGGGCUGCAGCAGGUGCAGACACCGUCAUGCCCCGGUAUUACGAAGACAAGCCGGAGGGCGGUGCAUGCGCGGGCGUGAAGGAGGACCUGGGCGCAUGUCUGCUGGAGUCGGAUUGUGUGCUCCAGGAAGGAAAAUCCCCUCGGCAGUGUUUGAAGGAAGGAUACUGCAAAGCUUUGAAAUAUUCAUUUUUUGAGUGUAAAAGAUCAAUGUUGGAUGCCAGAUCAAGAUUCAGAGGAAGAAAAGGUUAUUGAUACCAUUAUUGAAACCACGAUGAAAACAACAAAGGAUUUUCUCUGGUCAUUAAAACAGAGAAGUCAAAAUCGGAAACAUCGUUUUUGCUACAUCUGUUUGGUUGGACUACUUCCGUGGAACACUGGAGAAAAUGGAUGAGUUGUGUUUUUGAAUAUGUAUAAAGUAAAUGAUUCUCUUGAUGUAAGUCAGUUUUAGAAGAAAAGUUAAUUGAACAGUUAUGGGCUGGGAAUAUAAUAAAUGUGUUUUGAGAAUUGUUCUAAA